AUGGCAUCAAUAACGGCUAACAGAGCCACUCCUACGGCUGCUUCAGCAGAUACCUCGUCGACCCAUCCAUAUACUUGCAACACUUGUCAAGUGGCGUUCAGGAAUAGCGAGCUCCAGAGAGGGCAUAUGCGCAGUGAUUGGCAUCGAUACAACCUGAAACGUCGUGUUACCUCCCUCCCACCCAUCACCUCGGAAACAUUCACGGAAAAGGUUCUUCAAGCCCAAGCCUCAAACACCGAAGCAGCGACCAAGGCGGCCUACGAGAAGACUUGCAAUGUCUGCGUACGGACCUACUUCAGCGAGAAUGCAUAUCGAAAUCAUUUGGGGAGCCAGAAGCACAAGGCGAAGCUUGUAGCGGUUGGAAACCGACCUGCGGAUGACGACACGAGUUCCGUCAUGAGCUCGACCUUUUCUUUGGGUGAACCGACGGCUGCUGUGGAUGAAGAAGUUGACUCCGAUGCCGAGGAGGAGUUCAGUGAGGUUGUUGAGGGUCUCAAAAAGACAAAUUUGAAGGAUGCUCCGUCUGGGUCCAAGAGACCUUCUCGACCACAUCAUUCAGCGCAAGAUGAUCAAGUAUCUGUGGUAACAGCAUCAUCUGUCACAGCGGCGGAUGAUGAGGUUCCCCGAGAGACAACUCUAAAGCGCUGCCUGUUCUGCAACUACGACUCUCCUUCUGUCUCUUUGAAUGCUGCGCACAUGGAACGUAUUCAUGGCAUGUUUAUUCCCGAGAAGGCUUACUUGGUAGAUCUUGAAGGAUUGAUCGGUUCAUUGUAUGAGAAAAUUAAUGAGUACCAGGAAUGUUUGUUUUGCGGAAAACUCAAGCCAACUGUGUUUGGUCUUCAAACUCACAUGCGGGAUAAAGGCCAUUGCACAAUUCCGUUUGCAACAGAGGAGGAUCAGCUUCAGAUUGGAGAGUUCUAUGACUUUAGAAGCACUUAUUCCGACGAGGAGGAUGAGUCCGAGUCCGAGGAUGCGCUGCCUGGCAAGAAACAAAGUGGCGGUGCCAAGUUGGGUGCGAGACGUGAGGCGAUGACUGACAAAGAUGGUGAUGAUGCCAUGGGUGAGGGUGACGGAUGGGAGACAGACAGCUCAGAGUCGUCUUUGGACUCGGCUGACCUCACAGCCGUGCCACUUGACCAACGUGAACACCAGUAUGAAAAGUUGGAUAAGCAUCCUCAUCAUACACACUCGGAUCCUCGACCUCAUCACAACAAGGAUGGCUGGCACUCUCAUGCACACAAGCAUGCCCAUGCCGUGUUCUAUUCAGAUUAUGAGCUACAUCUUCCUUCUGGAAGAACUGCAGGUCACCGAUCCCUGAACAAAUACUACCGACAGAAUCUGCACAAUCAUCCUUCGGCUGCAGAGCGACAGGAACAGCAAGCUAUCGAAGCCUCAGAAAUGGAUGAGGAUAUGGAAAUAGAGGAUGAGCCAGUUGCACGGCGAAACGACCGCGGCAGAGCUCUUACAAGCCGUGAUCACCUUGGAAUGGUGGGAGUUACUGCGGAGAAGAAGAAAGAGGUGCAGGCUGCGGAGAAGAGGUCAAGGAAGUUUGAGGAGCGUGCCAGAAGAAAGUACGAAUGGGGCGUGAACAAGCAAAACAACUCGCAGAAACAUUUCAGAGAUCCAUUGCUGCAGUGA